UAACUGAAAUAAGCUCAAAUCCAGUCCAAAUCGUUUCGACCCCCUUACUUCCAGCGUUUGAAAUUCGACCGUUGAUCUUUUCCACCUUAAUGCCGUUAAAAUGGCCAACAGCCAAGAUUUCUUCAUCGGCAAAGUAUCAGAAAAUCAGAAACAUAAAAGAAGAAUCUCACUUUCAGAACCAUACUAAAGCCAUGAAAACAGAAAAAGACAACUCAGAUCUCGUCCCCUAUACCUCCAAUCCUGCUAAAAGUAAGCUUAUCUGCGGCAUCUGCAAAGAAAACAAGCCGCUUUCUGAUCUACUCUUCCUCAACCGCUGCUCUCACUGUUUCUGCUCGAGAUGUGUAGGCUGCUAUGUUUCAUCAAAGGUGGCAGAGAAUAUGGCUGUGAUUUCUUGUCCUAUUCCAGAAUGUAAAAACGGCACUUUUGAUCCUUUGUUAUGCAAACCAAUGAUUGCACGCGAGGUGUUUGAUCAUUGGUGUAUGAGCUUAUGUGUGUUCGUGAUAAAGAAUAAGUUCUAUUGUCCGUUCAUGGAUUGCUUUGCUCUGCUCACUGAUGAGAGAGGCAACCAGGAGGUGAUUAGAGAGGCUGAGUGUCCACAUUGUCACAGGCUGUUCUGUGCUGAAUGCAAGUCGACUUGGCAUGCAGGGAUGACGUGCGAGAAUUUUCAUAAGCUUGGGAAGAAUUAGAGUGAGAGAGAAGAUAAGAAGAUGAUGAAUCUGGAUUAGAAGAAAGGCUGCAAAUGGUGACCGUUAUGCCUUUUUUUUGUGGAAAUGUUGUAUGGUUAUGCUUUUGCUCACUAACUCUCAAUCGUUGUACUGUGUUAGGAU